AUAAUCCCAAAUUACUGCUGUGUUUGCAGCAGGUGCCUUGAGUUGACUCCAAAGCGCAACCUACACUCCGUGACAUAAGUUCGCAGAUUCGGCUGUGCACGAUUUACCGUCUUGGUCACAUUCGAUAUAAUGACAGCAAAAAUAUCCCAUGUAGUUUUCACCUGCGCUUGUUCCAGAAACCGACGCACAAGGAAAUAUAUGUUUUCCUCGCAAUAGCAUGAGCACGAACUUGAGGAACUCUCGGUUGGAACUUGGCUCUCGGUCCCGUAUCCUCGUGUUAGUUGGAACGCUCCACACUGGACAGGCUUGGUCAAGCUUGGGAUUCCCGUCCGAGUCAGACACGCUGUGCUUUGACAAAUUGAACUUUCAAAGAAAGCCUAUGGUUUUGGCGCUGGACGCUCGUUUGGACAUAGUACGCACAGCCUUAUCUUUUCACAUCUUUACUCCCAAUGGCCUUUGUUACCACCACCCUCGCUUUCUCUCUCUGUACCUUCGCUUCGGCCGGACCGCCACGCCUUUCACGUUUCCGCCAACACUCGGGCUAGCUUCAUAUCACAGUAAUGGCCGGUGCAGAUGGGAAAUGCCGAGGAGGCAAUGCAGGAUAUUAUUGUUCAUGAAUAAUGGGGGACACGAGGGCGUACGGAUCCAAGACUUGCGUUAUCGUUGUCAGCAUGAUGCCAUGGUGUUAUAUAUUCAAAAUAUAAAAGCAUUCAUGCACAGUGCCGAAGAAGCCCUAAGUUAGUCAUGAGCACGGUCACAGGGGAAGUGCUAUCAUACAGCCUUGGCAUGCUCAGCGGUUGUGCAAAUCCAUUGGGUCGGGCAUUGAUCUUGUCCCGAUCAGAUCAUGAUCGAUCAAUAAGCUUUUGAUCGAGUUUCUGAGUCCGGGGUGCCUUAAAGUACCUUAGUCUCACUGUAAAUUAAGAUUCUCCCAGCGUCCAAUCAAACAGGUUGGUUACCUCCACCACCGUGACCUGUAUAGUUUGAAGGGGGUUAGUGUGUAAAGCGCAAUGGGCCUUCAAUUCCUCCUGUCAGUAGAAAGCUUGCCGCG